CUGAGGGAGGGGUCAGGGGACUCACUUUGAGGAACAUCCUGGCUUAGUUAUAGUAAAGAUCAAGUGAAGGGAACUUAUUAUUUUAAAGCACAUGGGUGUUUAUUAGAUAGAUUUUCUACCAUUUAUUUCAUUUUUAGUAUUGUUUUUGAGAGCACUGUUUUUGAUCGUACUGCUUUCUCAUACUCCGGAACACCAGGUGGCGGUAAUGCUCCCUUUCGCCGUAAAAAAGAAAAAAAAAAGAAGAGCCGCUGCUGGACGGAAGGGCGGUGAUAGACGACUCACGGCUCACGUCUAGCUGAACGAUGAAGCGCUGCUUCUAGCCUUUUUAUUUAGCGGUUGUGGACUUUUUUCCGGGGAAAUGGACCGUGCUUUGAUCACUGGACUCAUUGUCAGUUGUUUUGGACUCCACUUUGCUUUGGCCCAAGGUGGAAAGGAGUACUUCAAAGUUGGCAACGAUAUCGAGCUGCGGCCUCCCGGUACAGACAAAAUAACGCAGGUCCUCUGGAAACACAACGAAAACCUGGUCGCAGAAUGGUCCAAAGACAGUGAAGUGGACUACUAUUCCACUUUCAAAGGCCGUACGCACUUGGACACAAAUACCGGAGUUCUGGUUAUCAGUUCCACGACCGAGAACGAUGGCGGGACGUAUAAAGUGGAAAUUAACGACAGGCUGCUGGACGUCGAAUAUGAGGUCGCGCUGAUCCAGGAAGUACCGAAGCCCACGGUCUGGGUGAAGCCCGGUGUGACAGACGAAGAGCGGACAUUGGACUGCGGAGGAGAGGUGUCCAAAGCCGCACCCGUCGAGUACUUUUGGGAUAUAGGCCCAAACGAAAACGAGCCCUGGGUCAUGUUUGUAGAGCGUAAAAUCACAUGGAAGAAUAACGAGACGACGCAGAUGAUACAGAAGUUAUCCUGCAAAAUGAAAAACCCUUUGGGAGAGAAGAGCAGUGACUCCGUGGAUAACCCCUUCUAUUCAAACAACACAACCACUCUGAUGGCAGGAGUAGUGACUGCCCUGAUCCUGAUCGUGAUCGUGAUAAUUGUAGUUGUUGUAUGUCUUAAAUGUGAUGCCAUCAAGAGCCGUUUUUUUAACUCUGGAGGUCGCACUACAGGGAACGGUGCCGUCUCCCCAGAAGAACAUGGUCUGAAUUCACCAACAAAGCCAUGAUGCCAGGAUGGAGUGCGGAGAUUGUUCCAGAAAACUUGAGACUGUUACAGCUGUAUUUGAGGAGAACUCUUCGAAGGAUGCAAUGGGAACAAAAUGACAUUGCCAAUGGACCGUGGAGUUCUGUAAACGCAGAUACAGUUUCGCCGAUUUUUACCCCACUGUCAAAAUAAUGUCAACAUGCAAAGGAAAUAUUUGAACAAUUGCUACUGCUAAUAUGGCAGUAUAAAAACAAGCCAUUAGCCUAUUUUGACAGUAGAUUUUUAAAAAUGACUAAAGCACUUAACAUAUGUAUGCACUGUGAUGAAUAGUUCAAAAGAAACGUGACGGAUCAGCCACCUUUUAAUGUUUGCCAGUACUCAAUCCAUUGCGUAUUUGUAUGCUGUGUGCAUUAGUAUUUGUGCAACACGUGCUGCCCUACACUACUUGCACCUUUUGAGACAUCCUGUGGAAGAGAGAUCAGUGAAUGUAUAAAAAAGGUGAUUACAUCCUUACAGUAUAUGAUGGAUGUUUGAGAAACAUGACACAUACUAGUUUUUGUGUUUUAGUGCCAGAAAGAAGCCCAAGAUUGAAUAGGUGUGUCUAUGAAGUACUAUGUUAAAACCACAUUGGUUUAAAAGUAAAUUAUGAGGUGACCAUAGACUGUGUAGGUGACACAAUGGAUGUAUUUAUUCCAGUGGCUAAUGAAAUAGCCCUACAUCGUGAAUUGACUUGUGGUCAUGUCUUAGGCUUUAAAAGGAUGAAACAGAUCUGCUCUUGCCUGUUGUAUCCAAUACUGAGAUGAAAUUCUUUUUCAUAGCUCUUCUGAUAUGUUUUUAUGUUAAGUCCAUGCUUGUUUGGAUUUUUUCCCCAACAGAAAAUGGCCAAUAAAAAAAACAAAGUAUUUAUUCUAAGUUUGGCCUAAGUUUUUAAGUGCCUGGGAAUAAAAAAUGUAUGGAGUUUUAACAGGUUGGAGUUGUCUCUUUUUGUCAUUUGUGUUAUUAGGCUUAUGUUGUUUAAAUACAGUAACUACGUAGUAAAACUAAGAUGUAAUUGCUUUUACAGUAAUGUUCCACAGUAGGUUAAACCUCUCCAUGGAAACAAGCAGGGGAGUAGACCAAGCAAGUUACAGGUCAGAUUUGUGUUGGGGAUAAACUGUAAUUGAAUAAGUGUGAGAUAGAAAAAAAAUAGUGUAGCCUCUGUACAGUCCAAAGUUACUUUAACUGUCCCAAUGCAAUAACUAUGUUUUGUGUUAUUUCUUUAUUGUUUGCUUUGCUAACUCGGUAUGUGCUAAUAUUAUAUAUUGUGGUUAUGUAGCCCCUCAGAUUUAGUUUUUACUCUAAAAUCAGGCUGAGCAAUAAAUAUUUGAUUC